CUAAAACGCACUCCACACUUAAAUAUUCAAAAUGAUCCUACCAAGUGCAAUUACUUUGGCAAUCGGCCUCUUUUUUGGCCAAUUUGCAGCGUCCACAUCCGCGAACAGCUUGUCAGCAAGACACGAACCAGUAGGACCCCAAGCUCUGAAAGGUGCCACACUCGGUCGCCGAAAUUACGAUCAUCAUCACUCAAACUCUCGCAAAGGGGGAAAAGAUCAUGUUGGCUACGGCUACAUGUCCAAGGGAUACUCAGGAAACGUUAACUACAACCAAGAUUCUGGCAAGGGCUCUUACAAUUCCGGUAAAGGCUCGUAUGAUUCCGGAAAGGGCUCGUAUGAUUCCGGCAAGGGCUCUUACAAUUCCGGCAAGAGUUCCUACGACUCUCAUCAGGACUACGCUAUCGAAAAGAAGAGUUUCAACUAUGAGUCUGAUAAAAAAGAAUCGAGCUCCGUCAAGAAAAAAUAUGAAUACAAGGACAACAAUUACGGCUCUGACAAAGGCGUAUCCAACUAUUCUGACAAGAAAGAAGGCUAUACCAAAUACCACAAGAGAAGCUACAAGGACGAUGGAAAAUACGACAUGAAAAACUACAAGGAUGAGGGGAAAUCCGAUGAAAAGAAAGACUACAAGGACGAGGGGAAACACGAGGAAAAGAAAGACUACAAGGUCGAAGGGAAAUACAAUGAAAAGAAAUACUACAAGGUCGACGGGAAAUACAAUGAAAAGAAGUCUAGCGAAGGCCACCAAGAGUCCGGCAAGAAAAAUGAUUCAACUGAAAAGCACAACAGCCAAAACUCAAAAUAUGAUAGCUCCAAACACCACGGAGGUUCGGACUACUCUGAGAAGAAAGGUGAUGAGGAUGAUAGGAAGCAUGGGGGAUACAGUAAUGACUACAAGCAAGAUGCUAAGGGCCACUACUAG